CGGUUCACGUUUUGUACUGCGUCUGGAAGGCGGAACCGAACGCAUUUAGGGUGUUAAUGCUUCUAAAUCAGACUCCAGAGUCUAAAGGAGACCUGAUGCUAAUCCUACCUUGAAAAAAUGGUACUUUAGAAGGGACGCAUUCACUGUGCAUGGGCUGGAGUCCGUUUUCAACGCUGGCUGCGUUCCAGAGAUCCUGAACUGAGACGCCUGAGAGAGAGACAGGUGCGUUAAUACGCAUUCAUGAACUCCACCUGCUUCACAUACUAUAGCCUAUAUAUGAGACUUGACUAGGUGUUAUUGGUAGUAGACUAGUUUUAGUGAUCAUUCAUAAAAUACGCACACAUGGUGAGGUGGCACGCAAGCGCGCGCACCCAGGGUGUGGAUGCCAUUCAUUAAUUAUAAAGAAUUGUAUGUUGUGUUGGAUAAGAAUCCAGGUCUUGAUGGCAACUUCGAGAAGUAUGAAGAGGUUAUUAUAAGUAGAUUUCUGUUUGCUCUGAAGUGAGUCUGUUAUGGAGGAGGAAGCUCUUUUGGAUUUGAGCCAUUUGACUGAAGCAGAACAAACCGUCAUUUUAAAUGUUUUGUUGAGGGAUAAUGAAUUACGCAACCAUGAUGAAGGCCGGAUCAGCAAACUCAAACAAGUGGAGUCAGACCCUGUUCGCCUUCACUUCCUCACAGGCACAUGGUUCAAUGAGUUACGAGUCAGACGCUAUCAGAAUAGAGGGAGCGAUGUUGUCCAAACUUCUAUACGCCGCAAAAGGAGGGACAAAGAUUUGCCUGUGAUGUCAGUUUUUGAAGAGCAGAUAGAACAAAAUUCCUCUCAGAGGCAGGAAGAGACCAUAAAAGUGAUCAUGGCAGACCUGGGAGAUGAAGAAAUAGUAGAAAAAGAAGCAAAGAUAGAGGAGGAAAAAAAAGAAAGUCCCAACUUUAUUGUGGCCCCCGAACCACGACCAAGGACCAAACUAAGCGCAAAGUUACAGAAAAAGAGUGAAGAUCUUUCAGAUGCUGUGUCAAGAGAUAUUACUGAAGGAAGUGUUGCAGACUCAGAAGCUUUAGAGGACAGUUCAUUGCAGAACACAACCUCGUCACUACAGGCUGACUCUGAUGGUGAUAUUGAUUCUGGCAGCACCGAACUGGACUACACCACAUUUGGCUCAGUUAACAACUUGUACUCUAACAAUACGAUGAGUGGCAGCAUGAUGAGUCUAUACAGUGUUGGGGAUUUUGGAAGUGUUACUGUGACUGGCCAGAUCCAGUUCUCUAUGCACUAUGAUGCUAAAAAAGAGGAACUUCAUGUGCGAGUGUGUCGCUGUCAGGAUCUGGCUCCGGCACGUAACAACCGUUCUGACCCGUAUGUGAAAUUGUACCUCCUUCCAGAUAACACAUCUCACAGUAAAAGGAAAACUUCAGUAAAGAGGAAAAGCCUAAAUCCUGUAUACAAUGAAACACUUAAGUAUAAAGUACGUAAAACAGACCUGCUGGCUCGUGUCCUCAGCGUGUCAGUAUGGCAUAUGGAGCGUGUGAGGAGGAACCUGUUCUUGGGGGAAGUGGAGGUGCAGCUCAGCCAAUGUGACUGGAGCCAGAGUAAACCAACCUGGUACCCCCUUCAGCCCAGGGUACCAAUGAAUCCUGAAGCUGUGCUCAUCAGGGGAACCAUAUUACUAACACUUAAAUUCAUACCUCCUGGCUCUGAAGAAGGAGGGUUCCCGCUCACUGGUGAGCUACAUAUUUGGCUGAAGGAGAUUGUUGGACUCCUUCCUCCAAAACGUGGCACUCCAAGUAUUUCGGUAAAAAGUGUGAUUUUGCCGGAUGAGAGCGGUGUUAGUGGCCAGCAGACACGGGUAGUCCGUGGCUCAGUCAGUCCUGUAUUCAACCACACUAUGGUGUAUGAUGGUCUGCAGGCUGCUGACCUCACACAGGCCUGUGCUGAAAUUACUGUGUGGAACUCUUCCAGCUGUCUUGGUGGCGUCCACCUCAGCACAGGAUCAGGUGUAAGUUAUGGUCAGAUGGUUCACUGGAUGGACUCCACUGAAGAAGAAAUCAGUUUGUGGAAUACAGUAAUCCAGAGUCCCAACAACUGGGUGGACGUCACUCUGCCAAUCAGGACCAACCUACAGCUGAGCUGAGAGUAACACAAAUGUAUAGCAAUUUCCUCUUCUGUUUUUUCGCAGAGGAUUAUUUCUUUCUCUCUGUGACAUUCUGGAAGUAACUUAAAUUAUAUAAUAUAAUAUGUUGGUCUGUGCAUUCUUGGUUCUCUUGUGGAAAAAGAUGUAUUUUUCUAUUAACAAGCUUAAGAAAGCAGUAUGCAAAUUUUCAGAAUUUAAAUACCCUGGACUUCAUUGUUGACUUCUAUGUUAAAACUCCUUGCUUACUGGAUCAUCAUUUGCGCACAGACUUCAGUUGUGGUGUGAUAACUUAUGGCAAGUCCAUGUUGAAAUAUCCAUAGUUCAAAGACAAAUUAGCUCUGAAAGCAUCGAAUUACUCUAAAUCACAUAUCUAAAGCAUUUCACAAUUUGUUUUACUCCUACGUUGUGAUUUUUUUUCUAAUGUUAAAUGCUUGUAAAUAUAUAUAUAUAUAUAUUAUAUAUAUAUAUUUUUUUGCCAUUUGUAAUAUUAGGGAAUAUCCACUGGUCCCUGGUGUGAAAGAUAGCUUCAGGUUAUCAAGGUUGCCCUGUGUCAGGAUUUCUGAGCAUACAAGCCAGUUGCAGCUAAAUGAUUAUUUUCUGCAGUAAUCAUGGUUUAAAAAAAUAAUAAUAAUAAACAAGCAACCUGAUGGUAAUGUUGUAUGACAAGGGACUAAUAUUGUCCUGUUCAUAUUGCAAACUUCACUGGCAUGUUUGGGAGUAUAAAAAUAAUUUGUUUAAAAGAUGCAUGUUCUUAAGGUUUUAAAAGACUGGGUGGUUUUGUAUCUACCAAUCAAAUAAAUACAAAAGUGAUCGCA